UGAUGCAAAAUGUUUGAACGAAUAUUAUUCUCAGGAGCCUCGGUUCAUCCAGAUACAUGAAGCAAACUGUUGAAUAUUAUCAAUUGAAAUAAACAAAGCAGCUCUAUGUUUCUGCAAAAAAGAUGUUUUAUGACUUGUUUCAUCAUUGAGAUUGUGCCAAAUCAUUACCCUAUACGUGAAUGUUCCGACUUUUUUUAUGCCGGAUAUUCUUGAUCCUAAAUUUUUGUUUGUUUUAGAAUUUCUCUUAUCCGAAAACUUUUCCCCCCGUCGGUCGGAUAUAUAUUAUAAACAUUCUAUAGAAUUUUUGUUUUUACAAAAUAAAAUUUCAAUAGGUCAUUCUUAUAUCAUUCUCGAGAUUUAACUCUCUCGAUUAUGUUAUAAAUCGGAUUUUCAGAUUCAUAUAUGUUCAUUGUGUUAUAAUCUGAAUCAAAUUCACGUGUUAUGAAUCGAAUUGAAUUCGUGUUGUGUUAGUGUCGAUUAUUAUUCCUCAUAAUUAUCUUCUUCCGCUCAAUAACUCUCUGAAUUUUUGAAUAAUUCUCACAACCCCCAGUAAUCUCCCGCCAAAUUGUUUGCCUCUGAUCAUCCCCAUGGAAACCACCCUGAUCAACACCCAUGUGAAGCUCCUAGCCUCCGACUUCAACGCCCUCACUCCCCUCCCAUCCGACCCCUCCCUCUUCUCUCGCUCCGCCACUCCCUCCCCUCUCUCGCGGGCCGAAACAGUGGGCACAAUCACCUCCCGGGACCUCAAGCCCGGCAAAUUUCUCCGCUUCACUAUUGACGACGGCACUGGCUGCAUUCCCUGCAUUCUCUGGCUCAAUCACUCCAAUUCCCCCUAUUUUACGCGUCGUAGCCCCACAGAUGUUCGACAGAUUGCUCAGCUGGCCGCUUCUUUGGCUUCUCUAGUCCAGGUUGGAGUUGUUGCCCGUGUCCGUGGAAGGAUUAGUGGUUAUCGAGGGGUUGUUCAGAUCACGGUUGCUGAUGUUGGUGUCGAGAGGGAUCCUAAUGCGGAGAUUUUGCAUUGGUUGCAGUGUGUUAAGUUAGCGUGGAAAUGCUACAAUGUUUCGCCUUGUUCUAGCUCAUGAGUGGUUGGACACUAUUCUGGUUCAUUCGAAAUCAACUGAAUUUGCAGCACCGGAUGCUGACAAAUGAGGCACAUAAUCUGGCUGCAUAUUGCCUCGAGUUAAUCAAUACAAUAACAUUUACCGUGUACAUUCUACCAUUCUGGUAUCCGUAAAAAUUCUCAGUUUGUUUUUGCAAUUAUAAGUAUCAUGGAAUCAUGGAGCAUUAUUCUUGUGUGCUUCAUUUGUUACCCUUAGUUUGGAUGUGGUGCCUUCUUUGCUAUGAAUCAUACAGGUGAUGAUGCAAUCACUUCCACACAAGAACCUGACCAUAAUCAAUAAGCACACAUAUGAGUUACAUGUGCUGCCUAGUACUGACUAGAGUAGUAUUUUACUAAUGUACUUGUCUGUGUUUACUGAGAUCUGCAUGACAUGUAUCUUGGACAUAUUUACCUCUAAAGCUUAUGGCAAGAACUUUUUUCCUUUCUAGAAACAAAAGGAAUACUAUAUUAUACAAGUCCGUGGGUGGACUUUUUAUUACUGGUGGGUAAACAACAUAGUUCAAUUGUUUCACUAGUUUGCCCUUCAGACU